AAAGUAAUAAAAAGUGGUGGUGAUGUCCGAAAAUAACACAACUGGAGACUCUCAAACGUACGUCGACAUGGACGAAUCUACGCAACAACUUCCACCUAUUGAUUUUAAAUCCGAUCGCUUUCCAUUUUCUAUUGUCUGGACACCGAUACCAAUGUUAACUUGGUUCUUCCCUUUCAUUGGCCAUAUGGGUAUUUGUAUGUCUAAUGGCGUUAUACGAGAUUUUGCAGGACCUUACUUUGUUUCCGAAGACAACAUGGGUUUUGGACGACCCACUCGUUACCUGCGUUUGAAUCCCAAGAAUGUUGAAGGUGGUACAUUAAUGUGGGACGAAGCAGUGUCCAAGGCUUCCGUGCUCUAUGGCACAAGAAUGCAUAACCUUUUCUGUGACAACUGUCAUUCUCAUGUGGCGACAGCAUUGAAUUUUAUGCGAUACCGGGACUCGAGUUGGAACAUGGUAAAACUGGCAGCUUGGAUAUUCUUCUGUGGUAGAUACGUUGGCAUUGUGGGCUUUAUUAAAACAUGGCUGCCGUUUCUUAUUGUGGUUACGAUAUGUACCUUAUUGGGAGUGUACUUUUAA